AUGAUUGACCGUCGGAAAUGGGCUCUACUAUAUAUAUUUUGUAUUCUAUUCAAUGAUAUUGUAGCUGUUCAUUAUUGGAGGAUUAGUGAAAAUGGCAAGGAAAUUGAGGCAGUCGAAGACAGUCCUUAUUCUAUCAUAUACCCUGGAUCUUUACUCGAUUUCCUUGAUCAAUUCGAUAACAUGAAUGUACUAGGGGAAGCUUCAAAUGAGUUGAAGUCGACAAUGAAGGAAAUUGACAAACGAGAAGAGGAUGAUGAGCCUGAUUUAGAAGAACGUAUAAGGAAUGAUGAUCCCAACUGUAGAUCGAUAGAUCCUAAAACUUUGAAUGAUUACUCUUUCCGCACAACUUAUACAGCCGAAUCAUGCCCUGAGUUUCAUAUCAGCAGCAUAAUUUCGGUAAAAGAAAAACUGAAGAACGGUCGAUACGAAGAGGAGGAUGAUGAUCCUGUUUGUUCGCAUUUCCAUCCAAUACUAUCGUUUAGCGAUACCGAUAUGGAUUCCGUUGGUUCGAUUGAAGACAUGGACGAGUAUCUUAAAUAUAGGCAACUUGUAAAGAUCUAUUGGUUUUAUUUGGCUCCUAAAGGUGCUGAUAUGAACAAAUUCCCAAACCUACUUCGUUAUUUAUUGAGACAUCCAGAUGAGAAUAUAUCUCAUAAUCCUUAUAUACAUAUGGCUGCUGCAGCGUAUUGGCGCUUGGUUAGAGAUUUCAAGAACGCUUUUCAUUGCUAUCAAUCCGCCGCAUACUAUAUGCAUACGAAUGAAGACAGCAACAAGUACUUGCCCGGACUAUUCAUAUAUAUACAGCUAUCCAUGGCUAAUAUUCUCCACAAAGCUUUCCUAACAACCGAUGCUGCCCAGUUUAUGGAGAGGAUUUAUUCGAGUAGAGAUCUUCUGGGAACGUCGAGCUGCUUCCAAAGUUUACUCUUCUCUGCUACGGGGGAUAUAGCUAUGAAUUUAGAAAAGGGGUAUCAUACUCUACUGUUCCCGAAUAGAGAUGGCGAUAAUCAUAAGAUUUCUUUACAAUUUUAUAAUAAAGCUAUAGAAGUACAGAAGGAUGCCUUGUUCGAAGAAGUUCCUAUACAUUGGCCAUCAAUUAUCAAGAACGUUGAGUUCAAAAUAUCUUAUAUCAAAUGCAUGUUCGCCUUAUCUUCUAAUUUGGAAUAUCAGAAGAGUAAUUUGGAAAAGUUAGUCAAAAACAAACGCCAUUUCAAUCAGAUAUAUGAAAAUUUGAGAACUAUGGAAGGUGCUGUAGGCAAGAAAACGAUCAGAACUGAAGAUCGUAUUCUUCUGAAAGCUAGCUACGAGAUCGCAAAAUACGGAAUCAAUCCCUAUUCCGAGUGUUUUCAAACAAUUGCUAAACGAUUUGUUUUUUCUAACAACCCUCAUGAUGUCACUGCUAUCAUUGUUUGUACUGUUACCGAUUUCAAGCUCUACGAAGAAACGCUGAAAGUUAAGCGAAAAGAUUCUAUAAAACAUAGACCAGCGUUGAAUGAUAGUAAUUGGAGAGUUGUAGAAUUAUUCGCCCGAGAUAAAAGUUUCGAGAGGAAGAUUAGGCAGCUGAAAGAGAAUCCCGAGAACAUUGCUUCUAUCACCAGUAGGCAAUCUCCAAAAACAAAUAUUCUUCAUUCAAUCAGGAAUAGAUAUUGGAGAAGGGCAGAUUGGCCAAGCAGCAUAGAUUGUCAAGUUAUAGUCUCUAGGUCGGAUAUGUAUGAUCGUGCGAGUUUCCCUCAGAUUAAUUUGUCAUUCAAAAAUCAAGAUAUUGAAAUCGAAGAUUAUCUGACAACGUUCAUAGGAUUAAGUUUCAACGAUGAACAUCCUCUACCAUGGGAAGAGCCGUUUUGUGACGAAGUUGAUUCAACGAAUCAUCCUCUUAGCACGUUCAAAGGAGUUGUGGAAAUGUUGGAUAUGCACCUAUCUAAACCUGAGCACAGCGAGUCUAAGCUCAAAACUUCUUUCGUUCGAUUAGCCGGUAGAAUUAUGGAAGACAUAGAAGUAGCACAACGAAUACGUACACUUCUGUACACUAACGUGGGAACCAAAUGGAUAGCUUUAAACUUGGCUGGUACAUAUUGGAGAAUAAAAGGAAAUCCCAGACAAACUGCUUUGUGUUUGAUGCAAGCAGUCUCAGAGCAGCCUGAUUGGUCCGACUUCGCAUUAACGCAAUUGGCCCAGAGCUUAUAUACAUCAACGGGUCGUCGAGACGAAGCUAUUCAUAUGCUAGAUAUGGCUGACGGAAUCAGUAGGAAUCAACCUUUGAUUCCUUGGCUGCAGGGAAGGUUACAUCUCUUACGCUCCGAAGUCGAUGACGCUGUUCGAAGAUUCAAAGAAGCACUGGAUCGUAACCCAUCAGAUCAGAAAAUUGCAGAAGAUCUUCUCAAAGUAGCCUGCAGUGGAAAAUGGUCGAAACCAGCCAUUUCGUCGAGGUUCCCCACAGUGUGUUGUUCAACAUAUGUUCACAAUGCUGUCUGCUUCCGAAAUUAUGACUAUGAAGAACAGUGCUUCGUUGUAGAUCCAGAGACACAAAGUCUUGUGCACCAUCGCUGCAACGGAAUUUACACGGGAUUGAGUUAUAAACCUCCACCGUACGCCUAUAUUAUUGCGCCGUACUUGCCGAUCUUCAGCACAGUGUCUAAAAACGAUUUCCCAUUAUUCGAAGAGGAUACGGGAGGUGUUCAAACAGUCGAAACAAAAGAACUGCCUCUUGAUUAUGGAGGUUCAGCAGCUUUCUUUUUGAAGCCUCCUCCGUUUUGGUGGACUAGCACCUUGAACGAAGUCAGAUAUGAAGGUCAACGAGAAGCUGAGGUCGAUUCUUGGGAGUUAGAAGCUGAAAGUGAUCUGGCUGCUAUUCCUCCAAAGCCUCUAUCAUUCUUGUGGGUGCGAGACAAAAAAGAAAUGCUCAAGUGGGACUUGAAGUUGCCAAAUGUUCUACCAGCACCUCUCCCUCAUCAAAUACGAAAAGGAUUGAGUCGUUUCCCUCCCCCUCGAAAAACCUUGAACAUGUGUAAUGGAGUUAACAAGUUAUCCGUUCUGUUGGAAAAUCUUUCAACUUGGGUAUCUGUCACAGCUAAAGGAGAAGACAUCGAAAAAUACGUUGAUCUGCGUGGUCCUAUACCUAGCAUUGCCGGUUUACAACCUGUUUGCCCCAAAAUCGGCGAGGCUAACAGUUCACCCAUAUUGGGUCUUGAUCAUCUACCCGCAUUUUCACUUUCUGAUCAGUUUUUAUUCUAUAAACCCGAAAAAAUGUUAACUGAGGCUCUUAAAUCACUAGGAAAUGAACGUGAUUCAAUAGAACAUGUUGCUGCUAGAUUACACACUGCAAUGUUAGCUGAAGGUUUAGGACAAAAAGGAAAUGUUAACUGGUUAUUAUGCGUACUUUCUUCUCUGUAUUGGAGAGUAGUUGGUGAUGCUCCUAGAGCUGUUGGUUGUUUGCGAUGUGCCUUACAAACGGCCCCUAAUCAUAUGCGUGACGUUGUUUUGGUUUCUUUGGCUAACAUAUGUCAUCAAGCAGGGCUUCUAAACUCUGCUCUGAUAACCGCAGGAGCUGCUCUCUCUGCUUCUCCAAACUUGGUGGCAAUACAUUUUACUAUAGCUAAUAUCUAUGCUUCUAUCGGAGAUUAUCAAAAAGCUCUGGAGUUUUAUUAUUCUACACUCUCAUUACAAGGAAACUUCGAGCCUGCCAAAGAAAGAAUUCGGGCCAUCUAUUGUCACUUCGAUGAUUCUUUCGUCUUUCAAGGUAUAUAA